AUGUAUAUAGGGCUUGUAGACCCUCAAUCUACACCGCCGUUAGCACGGUAUGCUAUCACUGCGGAAACAUCACCGCAUAAUUUUGAUAUUACUUGUCCUGCUCACAGUAUGGUCCACGCUGCCAGCGCGGGUGCAUGGGCUGUCUUGUCACAGAAUCACUUUAACCCCGAGGUUGUUGACGGGCUCCUUGCCACGGGUGAUGUUUACUUUAGAAUGGGUGGCAGCAAUGCACAGAUGACUCCCAUGGAGCUGCCCCGAGAUAUGGUCAUCUUGUGGAUGGAAGCAAGGUUCACUCAAACAGUUUGCAUUUUAGAAAGUAACUUCCAUCCAGGAGCCACUGGCUUACAACAUGUGACCAAGCAGCUUAGUGCUGCUCUUGCUAUCUCACUACACAACACCUUCUUUCUCUGCUCUUCGAUAACAUCUACCACUUCAUUUUGGAGACAUGAUGGGGCCUUUUACAGCUUCAACACUGAAAGGGCGAACAGUGCAGGUGUGGUUGACCAGCAAAAUGAGCUUGAAAACAAAGUAAGGGUAUUCCGGUACGGGACUCUUGACUCUCUUGUCCAAGCAUUGUGUCUUGCAGCAGGCUCCUCCUCUUUUCACGUUUACCGUUUGAAAGUCAUUCCUCUGGAGGAUGGCAAGAGUAAGGAUGAAGAACAGGCCCAAGCAUAUGGUACACAAGGUCCUACAGUCGCCUUGCAACCAUUGAACAUAGAUGUUUCUACAUCUCUUACCUUCACUUCGGCGGACACCAGAUCUGUCUCUCAGGUCAAACCUUCAGUACCACGUAACUCUGUUAGCACUCCUGCAGGUCCAACUGGUUCCCCUGCCGUUGACCAGUCCUGUGACAAACGCGAUGCAUCUGAGGAUGAAGAGGGUUUUCAGACUGUCAGAAAAAAGGGAAGAUCUUCACGAAGGGUUACAAGCAAUCAAACUAAGUCUGUUUCACAUACCUCGUCAGAACAGACAGACACGGGUGAAACUGUAUCCCACUCAGCUGAUCCUCUGCGUUUCUCUGCCGUUCGAGACAUUUUACAAACCACAUCUGUUUCUACUGGAGACAUCAGCGCUCAGCCUGUAAGAAGAAAAAAUAAGUCCCCCAAAAAGGUACAGCGUUCACGGUCAAAUGGUUCAUCACUUACCUCUUCCAUGCUGUCAGAUGCCGCUGGAGUUUCUACUGUGUCGACUGAUCCUGAUGACACCUCAUCAGUUGAGCUUGUUCCUCAAACGCACGGUUCUUCUUCUGAAAGUGAGGGUGGUCAGCCUGCACGGAAUAAAGGGGGUCGCCCUAAGAAAAUUAAACGGGGUAGGCCAAAGGUUUCAUUACUUACUUUGGCAGAACAGAGAAACGAGGCCAGCAAACGGUACAAUAAGAAACAGCCGGAUGUCAACCGUGCUGCUGUGGCUCGGUAUACCGCAGAGAACCCUGAAAUACACCGUGCAGCUGUGGCUCGGUACACCGCUGAAAACCCUGAAAUAAACCGUGCUGCUGUGGCUCGGUAUACAGUAGGAAACCCUGAAAUAAACCGUGCAGCUGUGGCUCGGUAUACCGCAGAGAAUCCUGAAAUAAACCGUGCUGCUGUCGCUCAGUAUAGUGCUAAUAAUCCACAAGUAAACCGUGCGGCUGUGCGACAGUAUGAACGGGCAACUGUUCGCCAUUUACCACCAGAACUUCGGAGGUCCAAUUUAAUUGGUGAAUUUCAGGGCGAUGAGCUCAAUAAGGUCUCUGAGUACAAACUUAAAAAUCCUUCGCUGCUUUCACCUACCUGUGCACAGUGCCCGCAUUGCAAGGCACGACUUUUUAAUGAAGAGUCAGAUCGUAAGGCGUGGUGCUGCAAGGGUGGAGCCUUCAAUGUCUUGAAAGAUAUCCCGCCCCUCGACGCUGACUUUUACAGCAAUCCCGCAUUUUUGCAGAAUCCACGCCUGUUUAAUGAUGCAUAUGCGUUUUCCGCUUUAGUCAUCCCACAGGGUUUUCAUCACCCCCGGCGAGGUUUAGCAUUUAUCAAAAUUCAAGGACGGGUCUACCACAGGGUCUUUGACAUUAAUUGGCAGGGGCGCUUCCCGAACCACAGCGCUAUGUACAUUGAUGACGGGCAAAGCCGCACGGCCAAUUUUUUUGAACCCCAUUCACUUGACCCGUUUGUAGCCACAAGUAUCUCUGCCUACCUUAACACGUGCAACCCACUCAUCCCCUUGUUUCGACAGCUGGGUUCUGAGGAGAGCGAAGAAGCACACCUUGUCUUCGAAAACACAACGCGACAGAGAGAUGGCCCACUGUUUGAGCAGCGAACCUCAAGGGAGGUAGCAGCAUUGAUUUGUACAGACCCUUCAUCUUACAAUCCGCGGAAGUUGACAAUUUGGAAGAAGGAGCGUAAUUCUUUUCCACAGUCUAUUGACUCAUUUCAUCCCCUACUAGAACCUUUCCAGUAUCCUUUACUUUAUCCGCAUGGCACGCCUGGUUGGCACAUAAAUAGGUUAGACAAUUAUGGUAGAAAGUUAUCUCAGCUGGACUACACUCGGUGCCUUAUUCUGUCACAGCCACGGUUUUCUCAAUUCAACAGACUGUCACAGACGUGGCUUGUUGAUAUGUACGCGAGAUACGAGGAAGAAAAGCUUAACUUUAUUUACCAUAGCCAGCGAGACGGGGCUCAAUCUGGCGGACUUCGAUCGGCACCGCUCGAUGAAGUUCGUGCUUCUGUAGAUUCUGUCAGACCUCUUCGUAUACCUCCGUCUGCUCCAGACAAUUCUAAUACCCCUCCAGCUUCAUCAAGAGGGCGUGGCAGAGGCCGUGGACGGGGAAGUAACACCGGUUGGGGUGCACGGAGACCAGCGGAAGAAACAAUCCGUGCUCCUGGAGCUACACCAGCUCACGCUCUUCCUGGAAACAGACCAUUUGUGAAUCAGGUUCUUAGUGAGAUAAACACAAAUGAAACUAUAACUGGGGAAGGGGGCGCUGUUCCAGGACGCAUCUAUCUCCCUGAAUCUUUCACUGGUGGUCCUCGGUAUAUGAAAAACCGCUAUCAAGACGCUAUGGCUAUUGUAGGCAGGUUAGGCAACCCAUCGUACUUUCUAACCAUCACUGCUAAUGCAAAAUGGGAUGAAAUAACACAGUCAACGCACCCUGAUAAUCCCAGUGGAGAACCAGCUGUAAUAAGCAGGGUGUUCCAAUUAAAACUUCUUGAGCUCCUGCGGGACUUAAAAAGUGGUGCGUUUUUUGGAAAAAAAGCGUACAUCAUAUAUGUGAUAGAAUUUCAAAAACGAGGGUUGCCACACGCUCACGUGGCCUUCCGAGUAGAGAACGGGGCAAUGCAGACCUCUGAGGUGGACCGUGUGAUACGAGCAAACAUCCCAUCUGAGGAUGAAGCUGGCGGAAGACUUAAAGCAUUAGUUUUACAACACAUGGUUCAUGGUCCGUGCGCCAAUCGCACCAAUCUCCCAUGCUGGGACGAAGACAGGCGUGCAUGUUCCAAGUUCUUUCCGAAACCUCACACUGAUGUUACUCACGUUGAUGAACGAGGAUUUUGGCACUACCAAAGAAAUUCCGAAAACACUGCUACAAAGGAAUACCGUGGGCAAACUGUUACAAUCAGCGACUGUGACAUUGUGCCAUAUAAUGCAGCGCUUCUCCUUAAGUAUAAUUGUCACCUUAACGUCGAAAUUGCGUCCACCCGGAAAAUUAUUCAUUAUUUAUUUAAGUAUAUGACGAAAGGAACGCCACUUACGCGUGUCUUUGUGGCACGAGAGGAGGACAACGGGGAUGAAGUAGAACAGUACAUCACGCGGCGGCAUAUUGGAGCCUCGGAUGCAGCUUGGCGUCUGCUCGAAUUCCAUGUAACUGGCAGAGAUCCAACCGUGCAACAGCUCCCUAUUCACCUCCAGGACAGGCAAUAUGUACUGUUUCGCCCUGGGGAAGAAGCUGAUGCUAUCGAAAACUCUUCUUCGCCCUUGAUUCAAUACUUCACUCGUCCAAACACACCGGAGUUUGACAAUCUCACCUACUUGGAUUUUCACGAAAAAUACAACUUGCUUACAAAAGAACCGACGAAUUCGAGGAACCCUGUUAUUCCCCAUCCAAAUGGCACGCAUUUUAUAAGGAAGCGCAGCAAAGAGGACAGCAAAGUUUGCCGCAUGUUUUGGGUGGCGCCAAAUCGAGGAGAGCUCUUUUAUCUGCGCGUACUCCUAACCCACUUGCCUUGCCGUGGGUUCGACGAUCUUUGCAGUAGGGGUGGUAUCGGCUGCACUUCGUUGCAGGGUGCUGCAAGGGCUCUAGGCUUGGUUAAUGAUGAUGAUGAAUACCUGGCAGCAAUGCACGAGGCAGCAGUAUUCAUGACUGGCCCUAGGCUCCGGGGAUUCUUCGUCCUUCUAUGCAAUGUUGGAGCUCCUGUAUCUAAUAUCUGGGCUGACGACCAGCUUCGCAACAAGAUAUGUGCAGACUUGCUAGAGCGUUAUCCCGGUAGUCCAGACAGAGCAUACAACGCUGCUCUACUUGAGAUUGAUCGUGCUUUGCGUAGGCAAGGGUCUGAGCUUGCAGAUCACAUGCUUCCUUCAGCUCAAGAUGAUACCACUGAGUUGGGUCGAGAGCGCCUCUUGUACGACGUUCAAACUCUCAAAGACUUCGUACAGAGGUGGGAACCCGAUCUCUCUGAAGAGCAGAAGUCUGUGCUCAAGUACGUCCGUGAUGUUUGCAAUCCACAAUGCAGUGAUCCCCCCACCUCUCGCUUAAUGUUCUUGGAUGCGCCCGGGGGUUACGGCAAAAGUACGCUGCUCCAGGUUGUCGCUGCGGACGCAAGGUCCAGAGGAGAUAUUGUUCUUUGUGUAGCGAGCUCUGGCAUUGCUGCCCUUAACCUGGAUGGUGGCACAACUGCCCACUCUAUGUUUAAGCUCCCGCUCGAUCUUGGUGACGGAACAGGGUACUGGAACCUGCGAAACACCCAGCAACGUGCCGACUUGAUUCGCGAAGCCAAGCUCAUCAUUUUUGAUGAAAUAUCUAUGGCACACAAGUUUCUUGUCGAGAUACUUGACAGAUCCCUUCGAGAUCUCAUGGGUAGAAACGAAGUGAUGGGUGGCAAGGUAUGUCUUUUUUCUGGUGAUUUUCGUCAGAUUCCUCCAGUCGUCCCCAGCGCAAAGACUCCAUCUGAUGUAGUGUUUGCGUCGCUGAAGUGUUCCCAUUUGUGGCCCCACUUCCGUCAGUUCCGUCUGACUCAACCUCAGCGAACGCGAGGUGAUGAUGAGUACUCAUCGUUUCUCCUCUCUGUGGGCAAUGACACUUUACCACAACACGUGUUUGGAGAAGGAGCUGACACCCACAGACUUAUGGCACUUCCAGACAUCCAGGCUCUUCACAAGCUCGACGACCUUAUCCAAUGUGUCUAUCCACCCAACAUUUUACGUGAUCCAGAUGCUUGUGCUACCCGAGCCAUCCUUUGUGCCCACAACAUAAAUGUUCGGGAGGUUAAUAAUGCUGUGAUGGCGCAACUUCCUGGAGAAACGCAUCAGCUUGUGAGCGUCGACUUCGUUGAACAAGAAAUGGAGGGGCUGGAUCUUGAUUUAGAGACACUUCAUUUGGCUGAAGGAAAGGGGGUUCCAAAUCACGUCAUUAAUUUAAAGGUGGGCGCCGUGUGUUUGAUUAUGAGAAAUUUAAACAUGGCUGAGAAACUUGUCAACGGCAGCAAGGUUAUUAUCGAGCGCAUAAGCCCUCGACUUAUUACAGUGCGAAAGCCAGGAAGCCAAGAAUUAAUUGGCAUUCCUCGGAUCCUUUUCAAAUUCCCUGUGAUCGACGGCAGCGCUGUCCUGAUGUGUCGUCGUCAGUUUCCUCUCCAGGUCUGCUACGGCAUGACCGUACACAAAAGCCAAGAACGUAACUGUGAUACAUUAGCUGUGAUACAUUGGCUGUGA